AUGUCCACGCUAAAGCCUGCCCUGCCACGAGCAGAGUCUGAGCUGGGCCGGAAUCGCGAAUCGAAGGGUACCAACUCUUACUACUACGCGCACAACGAGGGGUGGGAGGUGCCCGACCAUGCCAAAGUCAGAGCUGGGCCAGGCCUUGUCACCGGCGGAGCUCCGGUGAAGCUUGGAGCUGAUGGCCAGCCCAAGGAUGCUGGCUACCCCGGCUCUGAACAUGAUGGCGAGGGUGCCCAGGCCGAGGUGGUGGCGGAGCUGCGCCGAAGGGUCGAGGAGCUGGAAGGCCAGCUGAUGCAAGUGCGUGCCAGCGCGCGGCCGAUCACGCAGUUCUCCUUCAGCGACGAGGGCGUGAAGUGCAAGGUCUAUGUGGAUGUUGAGAAAGAUAUCCUGGAAAGACAGACCGUUGAAGAGGGCGUUUGCACAACUCAUGAGGCGGCUGUGGUUGUGUCUUUCUUCGAGAGGAGCUGCUCGAUUCGUGUGGCUGUGCCUGGUGCUGACGGGUUGGCAGUGGAGCGGCGUGCGCUGACACUGGUGGGAGAUUCCGAUCUCGUGCUGGAAAAGUGCAGCUACAAGGUAGAUCGCAGCAAGGGGCGAAUCACGAUCAGCUUCUACAAAAAGGAUGAGAAGAAAAGAUGGCAGAGUGUCAAGCCCCAGAAGACGUGA